AUAAUUAAAAUUAGAAAAGGAGAAGAUCGAUAGAUCGAAAGGGAACGGGAGGACUUGGGAUCUGAUGGUCAAUGUCGAGGAUGAAGCAUCUCCUAAGGAAGCUCCACAUCGGCGGUGGCGGCGGCGGAAGCAGUAGCGGAGGAGUUGACCAUCAACCCCCCCACCACCCGCAUCCUCAUCAGCACCAGCGGCUUGGUGGUGAGGCCAGGAGGAAUCCCUCUCCGACGUCCGCGUCGAGUUCGAGAGCAAGGGCACAGGACGUGGCACCGGCGGAGGCAAUUGAAUCCAGGGAGGGAUCGCGAUCCGAUGGGGCGGCGAUCGCGGGACCCGACUAUAGCUUGUUCGAGGAGGAGUACCAGGUGCAGCUGGCGCUGGCGAUCAGUACCUCUGAUCCCGAUGGGCUGGAGGACGCGGACUCCGUGCAGAUCAAGGCUGCCAAGCGAAUGAGCAUGGGGUGCCCGUCAGGGGUUGGAGCUACUGCUGGAGCUGUUGUGGGUGUUGGUGCUGAUGAUUACAGCUCCAUGGAGUUCCUCUCGCUAAGAUAUUGGAGUUUUAAAGUUGUGAACUAUGAUGAAAAGCUCUUGGAUGGUUUCUAUGAAGUAUAUGGGUUCUCAAGUGCCAACAUUGUUGAAAAGAUGCCAUCUCUGGUGGAUCUCCAAGCAAUAUCUAUUUCAGAUAAAAUUGAUUAUGAAGUCAUUCUUGUGAACCGGACAUCUGACUAUACACUUCAACAACUUGAGAAGCAAGCAGUCUCUAUUCUUAUGGAAAGCAAACCAGAAGAGCAUGGUCUACUGGCUAGUGGGUUGGUCCAAAAGAUUGCAGAUCUUGUUGUUUGCAAUAUGGGUGGUCCAGUUGAUGAUACUAAUGAUAUACAAAGAAAGUGGACACUCAGGAGCUGUGAAUUGCAGAAUUCUUUGAACACUAUUGUUCUUCCUCUUGGCUCACUUGAGAUUGGAUUGUCACGUCACAGAGCCUUGCUCUUUAAGGUUCUAGCUGAUAGGAUAAACCUGCCAUGUAAACUUGUAAAAGGUAGUUGCUAUGCUGGUACAGAUGAAGGAGCUGUGAACUUCAUUAAAGUUGAUUAUGGAAGUGAAUACAUUGUUGAUCUUAUGGGAGCUCCAGGUACAUUGAUUCCCACUGAGAAUCCCAGCACUCAUAUGGAAAAUUCUAUAAACUUUCUACUAGGCCCAGAGACCAUUGAACAGACUGUCCAGGGUUUAUGCUUGGUCCUUAAUAAAGUGGAUCCUCAAUUUGAGAGAAAAAGUGAUAUAUUUGAAGGAGAUUUAGAUAACAGCUUACCAUCAGGAUAUACUGGAUUACAGCUGGAAGAAAGAUCAAUUUUAAUUAAUAGACAUGAUGAUGUUGAUGAUUUGAUUGUGAACAGUCAAAUUGCAGGGAGUGAUAUAGAACCUGGAAGUUUCUGUUCUUUUCUGAGUAGACCUCAAUUGGACACAUCUAAACCUACAGAAGUUAUUUCUUCUUCUCGACAGAUGAAAGUUAAUGAUGUUUCCAAGUAUGUUGUCACUGCAGCAAAGAACCCAGAAUUUGCUCAGAAGUUGCAUGCUGUUUUACUGGAAAGUGGUGCGUCACCUCCUCCAGAUCUGUUUUCUGAUUUAAAUUCUUCACUAAAUUUGGUUGAACAGGCUCAUAACAUGGAUAUCAAGGCAACAGGAGGAAGAAUUGGACUAGAGUUAACUGGGAUGAAUACAACUUCAAAUAUCCAGUCUUCCAUUUCACCUGUGUUAAUAGAAGAAUGUUCAAAUAAUUCUGACAAGGCCGAACAUAAUGAAAAUGUUGCGGAGGAAUCAGUACACAAUAUGGGGGAAGACGUAUCCAGUACAAGAAUGUCUUCAUCUUUAGCUAUGAAAAAUGACUGGCUCACAAUACCUAAUUUUCAGGUGAAUGGGAGUUUGCCUGAUAAUUCAUGGACUAAAUACAAUGAUCCAAUUCUGGAUAAUCUGGUUACAUCAAAAACUUCUUUCAUGAAAGAAGUUGACACAUCUCCUACGCCAGAUGUGGUUGAAUCAAUCAAUAAAGGAGGUUCAAGAAUUGUUGAAUCAUCUGGUGUACAUUACUAUAAGGAAAAUUUAGGAAGAGAUUCUGCUCCUGAUGGGCAUCAAAAAGUUCCUUUCGAAGAUUGUCAAGAGAGUGCAAAGGAUUCCAUGUUUAAACAAAAAAGUAAUCUCCAUGCACUAGCUGCAUCUGACAAUGAAAAAUCAAGCAAAAUACUUGAUGCUGUUUCUGAAUGGGAGAUACAUUGGGAAGAUCUUCAGAUUGGAGAGCGAAUUGGUCUAGGUUCAUAUGGGGAGGUUUAUCGUGCAGACUGGAAUGGCACUGAGGUUGCAGUGAAGAAGUUGUUGGAUCAGGAUCUUUGUGGCGAUGCAUUAGAGCAAUUCAGAUAUGAAGUUAAAAUCAUGUCAAGGUUACGACAUCCAAAUGUUGUUCUUUUCAUGGGCGCAGUGACUCGCCCCCCAAAUUUGUCAAUACUGACAGAGUUUCUUCCCAGGGGAAGUUUAUAUAGGUUGCUGCAUCGUCCUAAUUCUCAACUGGAUGAAAAAAGACGGCUAAAGAUGGCUUUGGAUGUGGCCAAAGGGAUGAACUACUUGCAUAGUAGCCAUCCUACUAUUGUGCACAGAGAUCUCAAGUCUCCUAAUCUUCUUGUUGAUAAGAACUGGGUUGUCAAGGCUUGUGAUUUUGGCUUGUCAAGAUUGAAGCAUCAUACCUUCUUGUCAUCAAAUUCAACAUCUGGAACGCCGGAAUGGAUGGCACCAGAGGUCUUACGGAAUGAACCAUCAAAUGAGAAAUGUGAUGUUUACAGCUUUGGUGUCAUCUUAUGGGAAUUAGCAACCCUACGGAAGCCAUGGAGUGGAAUGAACUCGAUGCAAGUAGUUGGUGCUGUGGGAUUCCAAAAUAGGCGUCUUGAGAUACCUAAUGAUAUUGAUCCAGUGGUUGCACAGAUAAUUACUGAUUGUUGGGAAAGUGAUCCAAAUAAGCGCCCGUCUUUUUCACGACUUCUGUCACCUCUCAAGCAGGUGCAGAAGUUGGUUGUUUCAAACUGAGGCUUGUACAGAGGGCAAACCAUCUUACAUUGUGUCCACGCUGGAGCUGCAAGGGCGCAAUACUAGCUGCAAAGUGCACUUGUUCAUGGGCUGUAGGCUCAAAUCUGUUCAAAGUUGAAAAUUUUUUCGAGGUUUGGAACCAAAAGGUUCUUUCGAGGCAUGCUUUGUCAUCCUGAAGCUGUGCGAAGUGCAGCUCAAGAGUUAAAGAUUGCUACAUUUGAAACUCUCAUACUAACAAAAGUGCUCAAGUAUAGCACCACAGCACAUAGUCUGCCAUUUUGUUUCGGAUUCACACAAGUCGAAUCCGAAACCAACUCAAAAUUGUACACAUCUGCUUAAGUUGUAACUAUUUCUGCUCUAGAAAACAAACAAAAACAAAAAAAAGAGGACGAUACAGGAAAGAAAAAGGAUUCACUAAGGCACAUCCUGUUUUUACAUCCUCAAUAAAUAAAAUGUUUGCUUCUCCUCUUAGGGGAUA